GGAAGUCUUUUCCCGUGUUACGCGCGGGCAAGUGAGCAAGGUGUGAGGGGGCCGGAGUUUUGUUUUCUUGUGGGGACAGGAAGCGGUCGCAGAGUCAGUGUAGGAGAUUGUUUCAUUGGUAAUUCAGCAGCGGGUGAAGGCACUGCAGCCGCGGGUUCAAGUCCCAUCGCAGUCACAUCUUUCUGACAUUCAAAUUACAUCGAAUUCACAGAUACCCAAGGAUCAGUGUGAUCAUCUUUCCUCAACAUGGGUGGUCUUGGAUGGAGAAGCAGAUCAAAUGUCAUAUUUAUUCUCGGUAUCAUCUUCGCCCUGUCUUGUCCAAUUACCCAAGCAGCUAGAAUAUUGGUCGUGCCAGUUGAUGGAAGUCACUGGAUCAAUAUGAAAAUUCUAAUGGAAGAGCUGAACCUUCGUGGCCACAACAUGACUGUGCUUUGUUACUCCGCAAACUGGUACAUCAAAGAGAGACCCGAUCUGUAUCAAACCAUCACAGUUCAAGCACAAGAAAACAUUGAAGCAGCUUCAAGGAAAGAAGUGAUGGAAACAUUUGUGCAAAUGUCACUGGACAGGUUACAGAAUGGUCACACACUAUGGGGCAACAUAAUGUUACAAAUUCGAAUGCUUAUGUUUAAGUACAAUUUCCAUAGAAUUUAUCAAAAUUUCAACAUUGCGAUUUUUGAAAACAAAACCUUGUUGAAUCAAUUUGAAAAUGCAAACUUUGACCUAAUACUCACAGAUCCUAUAUUUGGUACUGGGCCAAUGCUUGCGUAUUAUUUAAAAGUGCCGCUGGUGUACAACAUACGAUGGCAGAUCAAUGGGGAAGCCCAUUUUCUCACUGCCCCGUCACCACUUUCCUACAUCCCACUUCCUGGCUCACAUCUCACAGACAAAAUGGAUUUUCUCCAAAGAACAAAAAAUGUCAUUCACAGUCUCUUUCACCACUUGAUUUCUGAAUUUAUGAUGUAUCCACUUUAUAAUGAAAUCUGCCAUCGGUAUCUGGGACCAGACACGGACAUCAAGUCGAUUCUCCUCAGAGCUGAUGUGUGGCUGAUGAGGGUGGAUUUUGUGUUUGAAUUCCCAAGACCCACCAUGCCAAACAUUGUGUACAUCGGAGGCUUCCAGUGUAAACCAGCACAGCCUCUGGCAGCAGAGUUUGAGGAGUUUGCCCAAAGCUCACGGAAACAUGGACUUGUUGUAAUGUCAUUGGGUGCCAUUGUCGACUCUUUACCAAUGGAGAUUACAAUGAAAAUAGCAGAAGCUUUAUCUCAAAUCCCCCAGAAGGUUAUCUGGAGAUAUGAUGGUGAGACCCCUCCCAAUAUAGGGAAUAAUACACUGUUGGCAAAAUGGAUCCCUCAGAACGACCUGCUGGGUCACCCCAACACACGAGCCUUUGUUUCACACGGAGGCACCAAUGGGAUUUAUGAAGCCAUCUACCAUGGGGUGCCAGUGGUCGGCAUGCCUCUGCUUUUUGACCAGUUUGACAAUUUACUCAAGCUCGAAUCCCGAGGAACAGCAAAAGUGAUCAACAUUGCAACGAUGCACUCCACAGAUCUGUUGCAGGCACUCAACGAGGUGAUAAACGACGCAUCUUAUGGGGACAACAUGAAGAGACUCUCCGCUCUUCAUCGGGACCAGCCAGAGUCGCCAAUGGAGAGAGCCGUUUUCUGGGUUGAGUACGUUGCCCGACACAAAGGAGCAGGGCAUUUGCGCUCAGAAUCCCACCGACUCCCCUGGUACGCUUACUAUUGUGUAGAUGUGAUGAUCUUUCUGUUGUCUGUGUUACUCCUGCUCACUGUGUUGGUGGUUGGAACACUGAAGAAACUUUGUCGUAUUGCACAUUGUCUGCAUCUAAGAACCUCGGUGGGGAACCAAAUCAACUGGAGACGAAGGACCACAGAUGUUCCCGGGGGUUUCUACGGGUGUCGGUCUUACAAGAUAGAGCUCAGUUGUCUCCCUUCCAAUCCCAGUAACAUCUGUAACCUCUUGCACUUUCAGCUGUUGAUGGUGUCCCAGCGAGGCCUGCCAAAAAAGACCAAUGUAAAGAGGUUACUUAAACAAACAGGUUCACUUCUUAAUAAACAGACAACUCACAACACGGUUUGGUAGAUCAAUUCAAAAUUU